AUGACAUCUAAUUUAACUCAGACAGCAUUUCAAGCUAGACGACAAAAUUUAAUUAAUUUAGCACUUAAAAGAGAUCCUGUUCAGUCAUAUCCAAAACCUGUUGUUACCUUCGUUGAAAAUGUACCACCUACAAAUGUUAACGUUGGAGAAUUACAUGUAACUGAUACAAUUGUCAAUGAAUUGUCACCAGUCAAUUCACAUAUUAGUGUUAUAUCACAACCACAGAUGGUUGUAGAUGAAUUACCUUCAGCUACCCCAACAAUUAAACUAACUAGUGAUCGUUCAAUCUCUACUCCAUCAUCUAUAUUGUAA